CCAACUAGACAUGUCCUGGGCCGCAUCGAGUUAUGUUAUUCCCCAGUUCCCACGGUAUCAGCUGCUCAACGCUCUUUAUACAGGUGUCGUGGCCUGCCUGUGUGCUAUACCGCAAUUCAUGCCGCUCUUGGAAGACAGCCUCAACAGUCACCUUUACGCGUUGGCUAUAGUAUGGUCGUUGAACACGAGUUCGCUGGACUUCCCUACGGCUCGUGCUAUGUCGUGGAAGAUCUUCAUGGGAAGUUGCGGAGGAGCGUGCCUGGCGAGCGCUGUUGUAUCAUUCGCUACUGUCCUGAACCGUGGUAUUUAUAAUCCCUUCUGGGGUACUCUAUUGGCUAUGCCCGUUUGCUUUGCUGUGGCGACAGGACAACGGUCCAAGUUCGUUAAUGUGUAUUCGUAUAUAAGUUGCUUGCUGAGGAUGUACAGUGUGGUGACUUUUGGUGGCGCCCUGCCCUUCGUGAAGAUCUUCUCGGAAAUGCUCGCUGGGUGUAUUGCUGGUUUUGUACCACUAACUCUAGUGACUAUACUCAAUUCUUUCAACUGGCUACCCCGCAGCCAGCCUGACCCAUUGCCGCUCUAUGAGCAUUCCUCCACGAGUUUUCUGGAGUCUUCUAUAUGUUUUAUCCUGGACGGCGAAAGGCACCGAGCUGAGCUCGAACGGAAACUUCAGAAAUUGUCGAAUUCACGUCGCGCUGUACUGUCCAGUACGACUAAUAACGCCCUCAAGCUGUGCGUAUUCCGAAUGACGGGCUUCCUGGACUGCCUGAGAGUCUCCUGUACGUUGGACGCCUUCAGUUCGGCGGCGGUGAAGUACUUCUGGGAGCCCGUACAGACUGAUAUGUGGUAUCUCGUUUCGGGCAGCAUUGCACUACUUCGCGACGGGCCUGAGCGAUACGAUCCUGACGAGUUGGAAGAGGCCGGGAAGCGCCUUCGAAUACAAAUAAAGGAGACGAUGAUGAACUAUAGUAGGGAUGUUGCUGAUCGGAAGUCUGUCUUGGUAUCGGCAAGAGAAAUGGCUCGCGCUGAGUCGGCUAUGUUGGCCACUCCACGGUUCUCGAUUCUCGCGGCGGAAUAUGCUCGCUUGAAGAGUUCUGAAGGGAAGACUUUGAGGACUACUGAGAGCUAUAUCCCGUUGCCCAUAUGGCUGCGACAUCCAUUGGCGUGGGCUCGUCAGCCGCUAUACCCUCCGGUGACACCUACUAGUGAGAAGGUCUCCUUUCCUCUGAGAUUGUGUAUCACACUCACUAUAAUACUCCUGUCUAUACUCGCUAUUGGUACCCAAUACGAGAUUGUGAAGACCGAGGGGUACUGGAUCGCUGUAUCAGCGAUCACGUGUUUUCUCCCGACCCUCGGUGCUACUCUCGGUAAGGGUUUCCGUCGUCUCAUGGGAGCCCUCUUGGGCGGCGUGCUGGCUUUGAUCGCUGUAACAGUUCACCCCAACAACAAGGAUGCGUUUAUGCUGGAGCUUUUCACAGUUGCGAGCGCGGCCAAGUUCCUAAUGCAAAUGCCCAAGAUAGGGUAUGCCGGCAUGCAGAUGUGUACCACCUUUGUUAUUGUAGGCUUUGCAAAUGGUAUCGAUGAUACGUUGUCAGAGGUCAAGAGAAGAGACCUCGCAGCUCUUCGUAUGUUGUUUACCGUGCUGGGUCUGUUGGUCUCCCUCGUGCUCUGCGUGGUGACUUAUCCCACGUUCUGCUGUCGUCGACUGGCCCGGGGUACAGCGAAUGAGAUAGGGACGGUAGCUGGGGUGGUGGCCUCAGGGAUUGAGGCCUUAGUGCAGCGUGAUGCGGACAGUACCAAGCCUAAUGAAGGUUUCAAGGACUUGUUGGAGACGGGCACGAUGUUGCUGGAAGCCAACUCUGCGAGAAUUGCGGAGAAUCCUUGGGCGGACGAAGAGACUGUAUUUCUAGGCUUACUAGGUAUCAAUCCAUCUCGCUGUAAAGUGCAUGCAAAAUCUAUACUGUGCGCGCAGAGGCUCGUCACUCGCGUUAUCACUAGUGCACUAGUAGCUUAUGACAGUUUGAAGAACUGUGACGAGAGGAUGAGUUCCACGUCCGAUCGGCUGUUACUGGAGCCAGUACGACCGCUGCUGAAUGAGCUGAGCUCGAAGUUGUUGGCCUCUGCAGUGGAUAUUCGAGAGGUGCUCGUAGCCAAGGCAGAGAAUGUGAAGACAGCUCGUGAGUCAACGAGCGAGGCUUUGGAAGGUAUGAUUAGAAUUUUCGCACAGUUCUCGGAUGUUCGCAGUAAACUCUUGUAUUCACGAACGUGGGCGGCGGACCGGGAAGUGACUGCAUCGACGAAAAUGGUGGAGGUCUUCUCUAGCGGUGGAGGAGUUGGUCUGCAUGAAGCCUUGCACAACGUUGGCGUCUUCAUCGAGGAUUGGGUGUCUCUGGCCAACGCCUUGCUCGGGUCGGACAUGAGGCCUCCGAAUAUGCCAGUGGAAGAUACGGAGCUGGAACCUUAUGAGGAGUAUGAGGGCAAGCCUAAGCGUCGAAGAAUUACUGGGCUGGUUGGUUCCCGUCCGAGUACAGCGAAUUCCAUCAUAUGCUGGGCUCGCUGGCGUCUACUUGACUACGAAUAUGCGAGAAAAUUACAAGCACAAGAGUAUUCUCGGGUCGAAGGACAACGAGCAAGUUGGGGUUCCGGUAAAGCAACUGGUAAUGGUUAUGAUACACUUGGCAUGUCAGCAGAGGAGAAGCGACAGGCAGCAGCCGAAGCAGCUGAGCGACGGAUGAAGGCUAACCAGGGUCGGGGUCUGGGCAGCUCUGAAAAGGCCACGCAGUUGACGGAGACUGCUAAAAAGCAAGAGCUCAUUGGAAGAAUUAGAGAAUACUAUGCAGCACGGCGACUCGACCCACCGUUGGGUUUGAAUCUAGCAUCGGUUGACCAGCUACGUAAACACUUGAACUUGCUGAAGAGCGGUAAGAUAGACCCAGCCAGUGCGAUACUUGAGAACAGCGUCUGA